AUGGAUGAUAAUUUUGUGAAUGAAGAUGAUGAACAAUUAAUGAAAACAUUAUUGAAAAAUAAACCAGCAUUCAGUGAAGAUAUAAUUGAUUUUUAUCUUUCUUAUAAUGGAUGCAAAGUUAAUGAAAAAUCUUGUUUAAGAUUAAUUUCUCUGGUUUUACAUAAAUCAUUAGACAAUAUAAUAAACAAAGCUCUUAAUAUACAAUCCACUGAAACGUCUUCUAAUAAAAAAGAAGUUAAAAAUAUAUCUAAAGAAAAAGAAUUAAAUUAUAAAGAUUUAAUUAAAGCAUUAAAAGAAUAUGAUGAAAACUAUGAAAAUGAAGAAAUAUUUAAAAACUUUAAUGUAUUUUUAGAAUAG